AUGCCGCCCCAUAAAUUCCUGCUGCUUCUGAUGCUUCACUUUGCUGACAGCAGUAUUAAAGCACAAACGCAUGUACAAGAUUCAGAAAUUACUAGCUUCCUUGAUGAACGAGCUGCUUGGCUGCCACUUUGUCUCUAUACGUUUGGAGACACUGCAAUCAGCAACAAUGUCACCAUAAUGAAUCAUGUUCCUCAUGAUAUUUGUCCUUUUGAUGCUCUCGAGCCAGACAGAAGCCUUGUGACGAGUUUAUAUUCAGCAUCUUCAUUCUGGCAGCUUGGAGCUCACUUAGCAAAGGAUCGUAAUAACACAAAGCGCAUCCAGCUUUCGUCAAUUAGCUCCGUCUCUGCGCGUGACUUCUUCACAAUGGCCGCUGUAAGAAACAAGACUACAAGUGAAGCUGGCGUGACGUUUGAAAUGGUUAUUCGACGCCGAUUAAAAGUCAAUCAAAGCAUGACACUGUUCUCCAUUGCCAAUGAGUUCGACAAUUGUGUGGAUCCUGGGUUUCGUUUGGAUGUAAAUGAGCAUCAAGUACUGACAUUUAUCUACUUUCUUCCUGUCCUAGAAGAAGGUGAUGAAGCGGAAAUAGAGGCAUGUUAUGAGCAGCGACUUUUUUCAGUGAACAAUAUAGCAGCGUGUCAGCUACCUCCAUUGCUUGAGCCGAUCGAACGAACACCUCUCGUUCAGAUCACUGUUACGUUAGACCCUUCAAGUACAAGAGGCCUCUGGAAGACCGACUUUUACAUGAGUUAUACAGACGCCGACACAAUGGAACGAGUUGACUGUGCAGUGCAUGACGAGCAGCAUCCACCUAGUUUUCGAAUACUGAACAAAGUGAUUAGUGGUCGAUAUCGCUUGUACUUAGGCAACAGUCCUCGCAACGUUACUUUCCCAUCACGCCGCAAACAUUUGGCAGCAGUAAGAGCUCUUCAGCCGCUUGAUAACACGAGCAGCUUAAAUGCAACAGAGCGACUUCGCUCAAUGUUAAAGCAGAGACUAAUGAGUCUCAGUGGACCGCGAAUACCCAAAGCGAUGCGAAUUUUCGGCGACAAUUCUGCCUCGCUUAAGAUUCUAGGGAUUACUUUUCCACCGCUGAACGAGGAUAUGCCGCUAGCUUAUCUCCGAAGUAAGUUUUCAAGUUUCAAAAAGCAGUAUGGUGACCAAAUUGUCGACUACCUCGUCAACCUGAUACAACACAAUGCAAGCGAUCCAAUCGUUGCGCAACAAUCACCGACGUUAACUAAUCAAAGUAGUGACGGAAAGGAUUUUUUUUCUAGAGACAAGCUAUAUCAAGGUGCAAAUGGUGCGUCUUUCGAUCUUUUCCACUUUGCCAUCUACCGCCAUGUGGUGACAGAGGAGCAAAUUAACUUGAUAUCAAGACAGCAGCUACUUCCAGCUCGUAAGUUUCCAUCUUUAAAAGAAACUGUACGAAUUCCUGAAGACUCGCUUAUAUUGCUAAACCUAACAAUGCUUCAUGGGGUAUUCAACGACUUGCGUCUUGAGUUGCGGGGACUUCCGGAAUUCGGACAACUUUUUUUAUUUCCCAACAAAACUGUAUUGACUUUUGAUAACAUGAGUGCGUUUCGAGAGCUUCCAUUGGACUUCCAGCGCAGUAUCUUUUUUCAACCCCACCAUAACCAAAACAAUGAAAAUAUUCCGCUGCCAAACCCCGUAGCGUUCUCGAGAAGACUUAAGCCGUAUGCAACAGUUUGCUUUGGUAUCGCUAGAAGCCUAUUUGGACGUAUUGUAAAUAGAAGUAUGGAAGCCAAAAUUGACAUUUUUGUGGAUGCUGUAAAUGACGCACCACAACCCCGAGAGUCUGAAUUGAGAUUUCUUGUGGAAGCUGGUAUUCCUGUCACUUUAAAUCUGGAUGGUGAUGAUGUUGAUGGACUCCCUUCUGCUGUACCUAUAGAAUCCAAUGUUAUUGAUCCAAGAGACGUUCUCUUAUCCAAAUCCACUCUUCUGAACAGUUCAGGUGUUUCGUCAAAUCACCAGCUACUAAAAGUUGUAAGGUUGCCGAGGUUCGGCAAAUUAUUUGACUGUAACGGAAGUUGUGAUGCAUUGAUAAGCGAUGAUAGACGCGGAGUGAGAUCACUUGAGUCUUUUCGAAUUUAUCGUAAUAGUACGAAGAUGGCAAAUGCGACUCAUUCGACAAAUUUGACAUACAUUUAUCAUGAAUGGAGUCAAGACGAUUUGAUCACGCCAAUGGCAGUUGAUGAGCUCUGGUACAAGUUAUCUGAUGGAGAUCCUUGUGUUUUUUCCGAUGUUGCAGUGGUUAAGUUCAUACCCGAGAAAAGGGUAUCCACACGUAAGAACGACGAGGUAAUUGCCUUUGUACAACUGGAAGAAGACUCGUUUAGCCUGUUAAAUCUCGGAGAGCUAGAUCCGCUCUCAGCAAUUUUGGAUGCCAAAACUAAAUUUAAGCUGAAUCGUUUGCCACAGCAUGGUGCUCUCUUUCAGUAUGAAAACUGCGAAAACGAUGGUACUUAUUUGUCAUUGGAAUGUAUUGGCGAGCACAUCACAAUCGUAAAUGCGAUUGUAUUAGAUGUUUUCGGUCGAGUUCUCUAUAUUCCGAAGCUUGAUUACUUCAAUUUUGAGCCACGUUUUUCAAUCGGGCAAAUUUCCAAAGCCGACUAUUUUGAGUAUCAAGUAUUGAGGGCCGCUUCGCAAACAAACGACUCACUUUUAGUGAACGAAAAAUCUUUUGCAGCACGAUUUGCAAACGGUUUGAAGACGCGUCGAGUUGAGCUCCAAAUUGCUAAUGUACCCGAUGCAUUAAUUGUGGCUCCACCGUUUCACUUCAAGACGGACUUAUUACAUGAAGACAAAGUUCCAACGCCUGUAGUAUUUGAUGAUCCCGAUAGCAUAAACCUCAACGAUAUAUAUCAAGUAAAUCUGGAGACAGAGGAUGGCGGUUCGAUGUUAGAGCUGGGAUUUUCUAUCACUGACGACAAUAUCAUGGUUGAAUGUACAUUUGAACGCCCUUGCACGCUUCUUCGAAGCCUUAAUGGAAGCACAAUAAAUGAAACGUCGAGCAGCACUCAACCUUAUGACCUUCAAUUUCACAUCGCAACGCAGCUGUACGAUCCCUCGCACAUCGAAAUAACUGGAACAAAGACUGCUCUACAUUCAGCUUUAUCAGCACUAACGUUUUACGGUGUCUCUCUUAAUGAAGCCCGUCAAGCAAAAUUUGAAGUAUAUGUGAAACGUAUCAAGGAUAAUGAUGAUGCACAUCAAGCACAUGGCACGUUUACGGUCACGUAUCCAGAUUUAAGUUUAAGUAGCUCACUUGGAAACGAGAGCUUGACUUCGAUACUAAAUUCCCAACUAAAGGGCCCGAAAGAAAAAGCGAAAAGAAUUUGA